UUUCCAGUCUAUUAUUUUUGGCGGCGUCCUCAUGGUUGAUGAAAAGACUCCCACAUUUGAAUGGGCAUUCAGAAACUUUAUUGACUUGAUGGACGGGAAACAUCCUACUACUAUAUUGACAGAUCAAUGCAAAGCUAUGCAAAAUGCUUUACGAAGUACAAUGCCCCACACCCGUCAUAGGUGGUGCAGAUGGCAUGUGUUAAAGGUCUUGAAAGAGAAAAUUGGACACGUGUACAACAAACAUUCUGCCUUCAAGAAGGAAUUCCACGCGAUAGUAAAUGAAGAGACGGAUGUAGAAUCAUUUGAGCGAAAGUGGCAUCAAUUGAUUAAAAAAUACAAACUUCAAGGAAACAAGUACCUUCGCAGGAUUUUCAAGUGGAGGGACAUGUGGGCAAUGCCAUACUUCAUGGGCACAUUCUGUGCCGGGAUGACCAGCACGCAACGGAGCGAGAGUGCGAAUCAUCUCCUCAAAAAGUUCAUCAGCAGAUCAUCCCCAAUGCACUUGUUUGUUAAGCAGUACAACAAAUUGCUUGAUUCCAGGAGCCAGGCAGAAGACGAGGCAAAUUAUGUCAGCAAGCAGGUAUAAAAGGCAUGCAUGUAUUUUGUUUAUAUAGUAUGAGUACUACUCCAGCUACUAUCUGACAUUAUUUUAUUUUAUCUCA